GUUGCCUGGCGACCGGAGAGCGAGAGAGGCGGCUGCACGCCCGUCGGCUGCGCGUGCUGGACGUCAUUAGCGACGUUUUUAGCGAAGACGCGUUAAUUGCAGCUCCGCUUUCUUCGCGCGUCUCCUUGGAUGGAACCGCUCGGGUCCUUCGUGUUUCCUGCCUUGAGCCGCUCGCUGCUGCUGACGGUUUAGCUACCAACAGGCGCGCGCGCCCACACGGGCCAUGAUUCUGUCCAGGGUGAAGCCUGCUGUCGGAGGGGAGGCUCCUUCCAGCGACAAGAAGAAGAAGAACAAGGGCAAGAAGACCCCUCGGCUGGAGGACUACCUGGCUCAGAGGGACUACCUUGGGGCCAUAACGCUGCUGGAGUUCCAGCGCAGCGCUGGUGAGCGACAAGAGGAUGCAGACUUGUGGCUUGGUUACUGUGCCUUCCAUCUGGGGGACUACAAGAGAGCCAUGGAGGUGUACAAAAGUCUGAUCUUGAAGCCGGGCUGCCCCGUUGAGGUGUGGGUGUACCUGGCUUGUACGCUCUUCUUCCUGGGGAUGUACAAGGAGGCUGAGGAGGCCGCGCUCAAAGCUCCAAAGAGUCAGCUGCAGAAUCGGCUGCUCUUCCACCUGGCUCACAAGUUUAACGACGAGAAGAAGUUGAUGGGCUUUCACCAGAACUUGGAGGAUGUGACCGAAGACCAGCUCAGCUUGGCCUCCAUCCAUUACAUGCGCUCCCACUACCAGGAGGCUAUUGACAUCUACAAGCGCAUCCUGCUGCAGAACAGGGACUUUCUGGCCCUCAAUGUGUACGUGGCUCUGUGCUACUACAAGCUUGAUUACUACGACGUGUCCCAAGAGGUGCUGGCCGUCUAUCUGCAGAGCGUCCCCGACUCGACCAUCGCCCUCAACCUCAAGGCCUGCAACCACUUCAGGUUGUACAAUGGCAAGGCCGCGGAGGCAGAGUUAAAGAACCUGAUCGAUAUAUCCUCCAGUUCCUUUGAGUUUGCCAAGGAGCUUAUUCGUCACAACUUGGUGGUGUUUCGGGGCGGCGAGGGAGCCCUGCAGGUGCUUCCCCCGCUGAUCGACGUCAUCUCCGAGGCCCGACUCAACCUGGUCAUCUACUACCUGAGACAGGAUGAUGUUCAGGAAGCUUACAGUCUCAUCAAAGACCUGGAACCCACCACGCCACAGGAAUACAUUUUGAAAGGAGUUGUGAACGCUGCGUUGGGACAGGAAGUCGGAUCGAGGGAUCACCUGAAAAUCGCUCAGCAGUUCUUUCAGCUGGUGGGAGGCUCCGCUAGCGAAUGCGACACCAUCCCUGGCCGCCAAUGCAUGGCCUCUUGUUUCUUCCUGCUGAGGCAAUUUGAAGAUGUGCUCAUCUACCUCAACUCAGUCAAGAGUUACUUCUACAAUGAUGACACGUUUAAUUUUAACUAUGCUCAGGCCAAGGCGGCUGUGGGCAGCUACAGAGAGGCAGAGGAGGUGUUCCUGUUGAUCCAGAGUGAGAAGAUCAAGAAUGAUUAUGUGUAUCUGAGCUGGCUAGCGCGCUGCUACAUCAUGAACAAGAAAGCGCAACUGGCCUGGGAGCUGUACCUGAAAAUGGAGACGUCGGCAGAGUCCUUCAGCCUGCUGCAGCUCAUUGCAAAUGACUGCUAUAAGAUGGGGCAAUUUUAUUACUCCGCAAAGGCAUUUGAUGCUCUAGAGAGGCUUGACCCAAGCCCAGAGUACUGGGAAGGCAAGCGGGGAGCCUGCGUGGGGGUCUUUCAGCUCAUUCUUGCUGGCCGAGAGCCCAGAGAGUCGCUGAGGGAGAUCUUGCCCCUGUUGAGGAACACCGGGAACCCACAGGUCGAGUACAUUGUGAGAACGUUGAAGAAAUGGGCCAAGGACAACAGAGUGUCUGUUUAAUAAGACAAGUGCUCCAGUCUGUGGGUCACCUCAUUCGCAGAAUGGAACGUGACGAAACAACCUGUUAUAAUAAUGGGCUUUAGAAAGAAAAGGUCAAUCACGCUUAAUGUUUCCAUUGAGAAAGAAUCAAAGUUCACAUUGAGAUGUUUUUAAAGAAAAGAAAGGCAAAAAACAAAUAUGGAUACACAAAUCUUUUAAUAGUUUAUGCUGGUAUAGUAUGAGAGUGCAUUAUUACUGCAUUAUGCUGUACAUAGUUAUUGUUUAUACUGAAGUGUGUACUCUUUGCAUUGCUGAGUUUAAGAUUUAAAAAAAAAUGUAGCUGGUGUUACAUUCUGUUGCAGUCUUCUUUAUAAUUAAAAGUAUAUUUAGUCACACAGCCAAUUCUGUGUUUUCUCUCAUUCUGCCGUUCCCCCUUUUCAAACCAUUACAAGAGACCACCAGAUGUUCGGCAUGCAUAUAUUAAUAAUUAACCAAAUAAAACACCUCUUUCCGAGAUUUAAAACAGUUUUUGGUACUUCCAUGCUAUACUACACAGAUGAUAGCAAAGAGAGUUUGCUAACACGUUCACACAAUUGGAAAGCGCACUCAACGCUAACAGCCCAUCAGCAUUUCGGCUGCGCUGCGCACGACUUCCCCAGGAAACCGCUGCCCCUGCGCUCGCCAUGUUGGUUCUCCCGCACUGCCCGGCGUGACCUGACACUCGGACCUUUGCCUUGAGCCAAAAUGGCAUUUGAUUCACCAGGUUCUCGCGCUGGC